UAUUAAGUUUGUCAUAGUCAUAAGCAUAACUCAACCAGCAUUCGCUCAUCCUCAAAAAAAUGAAGCGCUCUGCCACCGUUCCCCCAGAGCUCUGGCCACGAUACAAGUUCUUCAGUGACCCGACCACCCAGUCCCGCCUCGAUGGGCAUCCUAAGAAUCUGUCGCAGAUUCGGGUGGACCCUAGCACUCAAAAAUGGGAACGACCCAGUAAUUUGGUGGUCGAUGCGAGCUGGGAUAAGUACUUGCCCUUGUUUUGUUUAGUGGAUGGCUCUUUUAUAUUAAUUUUGGAAGAUAAAGAUUGCUAAAAACCAUCAAUAAGUUAUAGUUAAUUGAUUGGCAUUGCCAUAUGAAGAUGGAUUCAUGAUCGAUUAUUAUUCCCAACGAGUAACUUCGCUUUCAUCGCUUAGAAGGACCUUAAGUACUCCUUUUACUCUUCAUCUUGUUCUUCUUCCACUCAGAACCCAUCACGUCCCCCUCACGUCCCCAAGGUACUAUUUCUUUUCCGAUUCGGCGAUCGCAUCUUCAAUCCAUUGCACCGCAAGAAAAGGGAGAGGACGAGUGGCAGCUAUUGGACCCAACACCUUUGGUCCAGAGUUCGUUGCGAAAUUCACACCACCAUUGGAUCCGUCUAUGAAGUACAUUUUCUUCAUUUUAUUCCUGAUUUCAUCUCACACUUGGAGUUCCUUGUUCAACACGAUGAUCUCAUUAUUUGCCCAUGAUGGAUUGAUUCAUUUGCCCAUGAUGGAUUGAUUCAACUUUUUCUUACUGCUCUCCUGAAAUACUAACAUUAAGGCUCAACUUUCAAUGGUCAUCGGGGUUCGUUGGUUGGUUGGUCACUGAGAUCGAAGAGGCGACCCCUUGAGAGAACAGGGGAAAACAAGGGGAGAGGCAUGGGGCAUUUCUCUUUCAGAAUCAGUGACCACUGACUGCUGACCUUUAAUAACAGUUACAGGUUUUUACAAAUUCCAACCCCAACUCCACCACCAGGUUGUCCGCCACCACCCACGACGCCACAUACCAAGACAAGAGUGGUGGGUCUGUUCCGAAGGCGCCUGAGCCAUCCAUCUUGCCGCAUAUCUUCCCAGAUGGCCAUCAGACGAUUGAAACGCUGUUCAAGAAUCCUCGAAAACACGGAAAAGCCAGCUUGUAUAUGUACUAAUGGAAAUGGUCAGUCACUGCUCAACAUACUGAAAUAGGAAUUUUUGUUGAUGCACAGUAGGUGAAAUUGAAGCUGCAUAAAAUAUUUCCGGAUGGGAGGAACGGCAUAGGCAAGAUGGCUAGAACACGCAUACUGAAUUUCAUAAUAUUGAUACGAUAGAAAGAUUCACCCGCUUAGGCUUACGGUGUAACAACUUCUGGUAAAUGCACAAUAAAUUUUUUGGUCAGAGAACAAAGAACUUGGACGAAUAUUCAAUAAGAACUAUUACUAUGCCACUUUUAUGAUCAGCUCAAUAUCACUUUCACUCUUCUUCUAAAUGAAUGAUCCACUAAAAAAUAUGUACCUCUUUUGACGCAAACACGACUAGACACAUAAACUAUUUCAGAUAUUUAUGCAUCGCGCGCAGUCUAUUUCCAAUAGUCUUUUUGGUCACAAUUUGAAAACACCAAGAGCUACACGCAUUUAAGAAAGCAUAGAAGAUGAUAUCAUAAAUGUGCUUUGGAGGAAAUAUAAGCUCAUACAU